GUUGUUGCGUACAUUUCGAAAGUAUCGCGAUAUUAGUGAAACGGAGUGAUUUUUUUUAAUAUUUCAACAUGUGUUAACUUUCAGUGAGACGGUUUAAAUAAAUGUGAAAAUGAUUUUUUUUUUAUUUAAAUAAUUGAGAAGUGCAAAGUGAAAGUGUUUGUUAAAACUCAUUGAACGAGUGGAUUUUAAACUCUUGUGUGAAAAUUGAACAGUGAAUUUUUCGUCAGAUGAUGUACCAAAUGCAUCAUAAGCAGCCAAGGAUAUAUAUAAAGGCGUAUAACGAAUGGAUGAGGCGGGGAUAAGUGGUGCUGAAACAAGUAAUGUGGAAACUAGAAAUGCCGACGACCUACUUUUUGGGUUAUCGACUCAAAAUUGGCAUCGUCGUGAUUGUCAUCAUGGUGCUUGGAUUUUUUAAUGAGAGCCAAGGCACUGCGCAUUACGGGGAAGACAGCGUCGGAUCUUUUCCAUACUUUGAGUACAACGUUCCACGGAAUGUGACGACUGUAGUCGGACAAACUGCUUUCCUACAUUGCAGAGUUGAACAGCUGGGAGACAAAGCAGUAUCCUGGAUAAGGAAAAGAGAUCUUCACAUACUCACAGCUGGGAUUUUAACUUACACAUCGGAUCAGAGAUUUCAAGUUAUCAGACCAGAUAAAUCAGAAAACUGGACGCUCCAAAUCAAAUUCCCUCAGGAGCGAGAUGCGGGCAUUUACGAAUGCCAAGUGAACACAGAGCCGAAGAUGUCACUGGCAUUCCAGUUAAAUGUCGUCGGGGAACAUCCAGCAGCGAUGCAGCACGGUAAUGCAAACACAGCGUCACCUUGCGCUUUAUCAGUAAACCUGCUCAUCUCUCUCUACUGCACCAUCGCGACUCUUUACACCAGCACCAUUGAUGGCUUCAGAUGAAAGUUACAAAACUCGGCCUUCAUCAAGUAAGGCGUCAGAUUUGAGAUUAUGUGUCUGAUCCCUUUUUGUUUUAUGACCCUCGGUAAUCCGUUGAUAAUCGUUUUUCUCUCAAUAAGUAUUUU